AUGGUGUGGACAUCCUGGCUUCCGGCAGCUUUGAGGUUACGAUGCGCGCUGCUGAUUAUCCAUGUAGCCGGUAUUCUGGGAAUGGGAUUGUUUGAGGAGGAACUGAAGUCAUAUCCAAUUGUGGGCAUCCCAGCCGCUGACGCACGCCGAUCUGAUACUCGACUUUCCAGUGAAGAGGCUACAAGUGGUCCAGUGUAUAACGAAGAGCAUGUUCACCUCAAACCAGAUGGAACGGUCUCAUUCGAAUGUCCCAGAUCUGUAUGCGGCAUCGAAUUUUAUUUUGGCAGGACGCCAAAGGAAGAGGAGGGCAGCCAGUCUCAAGAGGACGUCACCGAUAAGAAUGACACGUCACGAGCUUCUUACGUGCCGGGGGAGGACGAGUCGGUGGCUACGGCUUCCGCUGAGAAUAAAUCUCAAAUUCCAGCCGAAGUGCCUCUACUCAAAGAUAUUGUACACACGACAGAUAUGACGUGGCUAGGAACAGACGAGAAAAUGCACCAGUUGGCCUACAUGAAGAACUCCACGUGCGGCGGGCUCUACGUUUCGCCUUCCCAACUACCCGUUGCAACCGCGGACCUUGCAUGUUCACUUUCCAACCUCGACAUGAACUCAGUGUAUCUAAAGAGAUAUAAUUCGCAUAGGUUACGUCUGGGUCCAGUUAAGGUGUGUGAGACCGUGCAGAGCUAUCCGGAGCGGCUGUUGCAAGGCUUUCCCCAGCACGUCCAUCCAGACCACCCAUCGUACGUUCAACUCCCGAUCUACUCGUACUUCAGGAAGGCCGGCGCGGAGGUGGCAUUCCCAAAGGAUGCUCCCACCAUAUUCCAACCGCGCAUUUACGACGGCAACGUACCUGUUAACCGCAAGUCACGACCUUCCAAUUUGUUUGCUCUUGCACUUGAUCUUUUCUUUGGCGCCAAGGGGGAGACCGAGCGUGGAGGAACUGAGUCAGGCUCUACCGAUCCAGUCCCUAAUGUAGACUCGGCGACGUCGCAGAAGAGCAACACAAGCAAGCAGGAGAAUACCUUAGAGAAUGAAGAGUUACAGAAGGGAAACCCGCAACCACCGGAAACCGCAGGCGACUCGGCUUCUGGAGAAACCAACGGUGCAACCACCGAGGAAUGGAAAAGAGAGAUGUAUCGCGCUUGGCAUUGUUUGUGGAUAUUGAAUCUAGUAGCCUACGAAGCUAGCGAUAUUUGGGAAUGGGUAAAAAAUCACAAAGUCAACACUUUCAUCUUCCCCCCAUGGAAGGUUACCGAGGUGGGAACGCUGCGGACAGCGGAAGUUGUUCCUAUGAGGUGGCGCGAUCUCUCGCCGCGAUUUCAUGUGGAGCCAAACUUGGAACCACUCAGCCAACAAGAUUUGACCCCUGGAAACGACGGGCCCAACAGUGAGUCACAAGAGGGGACGGCGAAGGGUGAAACAGGUGACAACUCUCGUAGGGAAGGCCCUACCGAGCGCGUGGGUCCUGACACCUCUUCAAGGGCGUGCGAGGGGGACGCGGCGGUAGCGGACCGUCAACCGGAAGGGUCUUCAAGGGUCAACUCUUCAGAAACCGGCGAGCACGCAAAACCGCAUGCUGACUGUUUGGGAAAAAAAACCUACACAGUGCCUUCUACCAGAAGUGAAGGGCAGGCCGGUGCUAAUAAGCCUCAGGAACCGAUUAGCACGGACGUUUCUAAUAAUGAAGAGGCCGGAGAAAAGCAAGGGGUCGAGUCUUUGGCUGGGCGCUCGAGUAGCGCAGAAGGCGAUAAUUCUGGCCCCGAUGAGGUUCCUGAGGGCUGUUUGCCAUAUAUCACGGAUAUGUCGCUUUUUAAAAGGUUUGGCUGGCCGAGUGGCCGCCUGGUAGCUGCUGGACCGUCAGGAAGCAAAGUUCCAGAUGAGGCUGGAAGUACGACAGAUGAAUGGGUUGAUGGCUCUUGGAGACCGAAGAUCAUUGGCUCUAACAUUAAAUGCCUCCCAGCGGUGCAUCCGGAUACGUGUGGUCUCACUGCGUCUUUCAGUCGCGUCCAUGAGUCGCCUUGGGUGUGGCUUCUUGAGAGAGAUGAAAACAUGAUGGCAUCAAACCGAGUGGACAACCUCGACUACGCUGACAUUGUGUGGAUCUUCCGCGGCACAUUCGUUAGCAAGCAGUGGCUCCUGAAUGGUAUGGGGGUUGCAGUGCCAUACAAAACUCUGUCGAAGCGUGGGCGCUUUCACUACGGACUUACAUACCUAUUUGACAAAGCGGUUCGUCCGCUGAUGGAGAAGCAUUUGGAGCGUCUUGAGCAUCAAAUCGUAGGCAGGAAAACGCCGUUGGUAAUUGUUUUCUCGGGACAUUCCCUGGGUGCAGCCAUUGCUGAUAUGGCUGCCUGGUACUUCGCAAAGCGAGCUAAGACACUUGUGGAUAAGAAUAUGCUGCAGAUCCGCACGGUGACCUUCGGGAGCCCUUCGUGGGGAGAUCAAGUGGCAUACGACGACUUGUUAGCGUCGGGUGUCAAGGCGCAAGAGAUAAGCAUGGACAUAGAUCCUGUUUCUGUGCUGUUCGGCGAGGAAGAGUUGACAAAGCUGUCCCACAAGAAACCAUUCCUGAUGAAGUUGUAUGUUGAGGACAUGGACAAGGUAGAGGUUGCAUCCACGGUUCCCGGCGCGCCCCCGUUCAGCGGGAGGAUCUGGACAAGACCUAUAUACAGACCGACACCGAUCUUGCAUCGCUUGGCUGCGAUGUUCCUCGAUCUGGAAAAUGUCGACAUGGCUGGUCAUUACGCUACGAGGAGCAUCGUCAUUGCUCCUCUACGGGAAGCUUUUCACAAGCCACGGCUUGUCAACGAUAGAAGGGUUUCUGCCGCAGUUAACGCGAGCUGUGCCCCCGUGGCAGCAUACUAUUGUGGCUACUAG